AUGACGCAUUACAAUUCGGAUGUCAAUUUUCAGUUCAUCAGCAAGCACAUUUAUUGCUUUUUAAAAGAUAGUUGUAUUUGUCUACUUAACCUUUUAAACAAUGAAAAAAAGUUAUUGUUCAUUUCUUGCAAUGAAAGCUUGCAGGAAGUUCGUUUCGAAUUGGUGGAAACCACAGAAGUGGGAGUUAACGAAUACAGAAGUGCUAGUGUUAAUAUAAAAAUAAACACAGAUAAUGACAAGUUCACAUAUACAAAUAUGGAAUUAAAUGCAGAAACAGAUGCAAUAGGACACAAGUACAGGUUAUACCCCGUGAGGAAAUUUUUCUGCAAUGAAAAGAAGCAUACCAUCGCAGUAGUGAUACAUAAAACCUCCAUUGACUUUUUAUGUUAUCUUUUAUUCGACGAAAUGAAUAACUUCAAUUCCUUUGAGGUCCAAUUUGUUCACAAAGUAGAGGAAACUAUCAAGGAUGUAUCUUUAGGAGAUGAAAAAAUAUACAUGUUACUGAAGAGGCGACGUGGUUCUGGGUUGCUUCACUGGGUGGGUUCAGGCAAGAGUAAUGCAGGGUCAUCUAAGUCAAGUGGUCAUUCGAGAGCCCAUUCGAUUAGCCAUUCUAGUGGUCAGGCAAAUGGUCAGGCAAAUGGUCAGGCAAAUGGUCAGGCAAGUGGUCAGGCAAAUGGUCAGGCAAGUGGUCAGGCAAAUGGUCAGGCAAGUGGUCAGGCAAAUAGUCAGGCAAAUGGUCAGGCAAGUGACCAGUCAAAUGGUCAGGCAAGUGGCCAGGCAAGUGACCAGUCAAAUGACCUGAUGAAUGACAAACAAAAUAGCGAGACAAACUCUAGCAAAGAACUACCCAGGAACAGAGAAUACCUCAUUUAUGCACUGGAAUUGUCGAGUGGGGAAAAAAAAGAUGAGGGAAAAACAGAAAUUCCUAAUAAGUCCUGUUUACGACUGGAAAAAAUGAUGGUGUGUCCAUAUGAUGAGAAAAAAAUAAUUUUGCUGUCAAAAAGAAGCAUUUUUUUUGUAACUAUUUUAAAUGAGCAGGGUAUAAAAACAAAAAUGGUAAAUGUGUCGAAGGAACUCUUAUUUAAGAGUCCAAUUGUAACAACCUCAUGGUUAGACUUCCACAUCUAUGUCAUCUGUUUGUCAAAUAAUGAUUUACUGUUUUUUAAUCUUUCCAAGAAUUCGCAUAUACAUCUGCCCACUCUAAGGUGUCACAACACGUAUUCAAAAAUAUGUUCUAUUUUUUACAAGUCUCACUAUCUUUUUGUUGCAUUCACCUCUAACGAAAUUGUUUGCUUUAGUGUGAACUACAACGCGCUUCCCCCUUCUGCUUUUUGCAAGGUGAGAAAUUUCCCUAGUGUCGAAAAAUCGAAACUUGGAAAAUUUUCCACAUCUAACGUAACUCCCAUCGAAGGAAAUUACAUAAGCGCCAAGUGUCUAUUUCAAAAAAAAAAAGAAAUCAAAAAAAAUAAGGAUUACAACAUGAGCACACACAGUGCAAUUAAAAAUGAGAAAGAUGCAAAUAUUCAUAAUGUGGGAGAGCAGCAUUUGAAGGAAGUUAAUUUGAAGGAGGUUAAUUUAAAGGAAUUUAAUUUGAAUGAACACAAUAUGGUAGAACCGGGAGAUGACAAACACACCAUGCGCAGGAAACAAAUUGAAAAGAAAACUCCACGCACAUGUAGAAACACCUUUGAAUCCAUUUUAAACGAAAUUAAACAAGUAGAACUCAAAAUGGAUGAAAAAGGGUUUGACGUGUUGAAAGUGUCAGAUGGGGAAGGGGGAGAUGGCAUUGAACAAACAUUGCAGAACAUACCGCUCGAUGAGUUUGAGGAUUCUGUGAAUUUGCGUCCUCCAUGGGAUGAAAGAUCUGUCGUCCACUGUGUUAACGAUUCUAAUCGUGAGAACUUCAACAUCGGUUUUAGCUCUUCGAAUCCGACAAAUAGAACGAACCCUAUAAGUUUUUCACAUUUGAGAAGGAGAAGGAAAGCGAAAUUUUACAAACUGCACUAUGAUAAAGACAAUGUUAUCGACCUACUGAGAACCGUUUCGAUGGUGAAUUUCCAAAAAUAUGUGACACAUAAAAUGAGGACCUUCUUCAUACGCAGGAAUUAUCUUUUCAUUCAACUGGAAAAUGGACUAUUAUAUUACAGCACAAAUUUUAAUCAAAAAAGGUUGAGUCUGGAUGCAGAUUCUAAUUUCUACUUAUGUUCACACAGAUCAAUGUAUAAAAUAAGGGAUAUAAAAAUAAACGAAAAAAAUCAGUUGUUUACUUUAGAUAAUGCUAAAAUACUCAAGUGUUAUUCUCUUGAAAAUAAUGAAUUGAAUAUUAUAUGUACAGGAAAGAAAAUAAAAUGGUUCCAUAUUUUCUGCAUUAUGGGGAAAUGUAGCUGUCUAUUUGUAUCCCAAAUGGAUGGUUCCUUUUUUUUCAUUAACAUAACGAAUCACAAAAUAUUGCUAUAUGACAACAUAAGACACUACAUGAAAAGCCAUACUUGCAGAAUAAGAGGAAUAAUAAGAGAUGUAACGAGUGUAAGAAGAAAGCAUUGCAUCGAAUGUGGUAUCUUUAAUAAAAUAAACGAGUAUAUUUUCAAUGGAUAUUUUAAGGUUUCAGGUUUUGUUUUUUCCUUUUUCUUAAUUUAUUCCUUGUCUCAUCAGAAAUUUUUCAUUUAUUUCGUUCACAAAAUUGGAAUACAGAAGCUUAUACAUUUGGCAAACUCAGAAAAUAAUGAUAAUCCUGUCAAUAGAAUCAACGAAUCAACUUCAAUUGUGCUAAAUUUUUCAACAUACAAAAGUGAAGACUUUGACUAUGCUUGUUUCUUAACAUCCACUAGCGAUCUGAAAAAAUUUUACCUUUUUUUCGUGCAACUUAUAAAUAAGCAAAAUAUAAUAAUGAAGAAAAAAAAAUGGAAUACAGAUUUGAAAGUUUUUUAUUGGAAAAUUCAACAUAGUAAUAUCGUUUACGGGAAAGUAAUUGGAAAUUAUGUAAUUCUUGUGGACUUCCAUUUGAAGAUUCACUUUUUUCACCUGAACAGAGAUAUAUUUUUUUUUGUAUCCCAUUCACCAAGGGAUUCAAAUGAGUUACCUUCCUUCAUCAGAUGUGCAAAACCCUUUCUGAGAGGCAUGAAAAAUGCUCAGAUUGGAAAACGUAAAAAUUCUCAUGAACUGAUAGACGAAAAUAAUGCAUUUGAACAGUUCCUCUUGAAGAGAAGAAUACGCAAAAACAGAUGUCAUAGGAAUGGGAUCCUUCUCCAAGAUGUAGAAACCAAACUCAAUGAAGGAAAAAAUGGAAAAUCUUCAGAUACUUGUCUAUAUCAGUUAAAUCUAGGCGAUAGAGUGUAUCACAUCGACAUUAGUCAUGCAGGCACAGUUCAAUUCAUUAACGAACGGAAGGAACAGAAUAAUGAAAAAAUUUGCAUCUUUGAUAUUGUUACAGAUUCUAACACAUUUGUAACAUUUUCCUUCAACAGUUCAGAAUACCCACUUAAAAUACUGAAGAAACCCAAGAUUUACUCCCACCCAUUGCACAAAUCUGAAAGAGUUAACUUCUUCUAUCCAAUGAAAAUGAAAAGUAGUACAUAUAAUUUGUUUUUAAUCAAUGAGAGAUUUUUAAGAAUGCAAGAAGGAGAUUCAUCAGAGUGUGAAAACGAGAACAUUGAAAUGAAAGGUGUGAAAAGGAGUUCACAAAUCAGUAGCGGCGAUUGCGUGAGCACAGAUGGGGGGACGGAAGACAGGGACACACCCUUGGAACAAAAAAUAGAGCCUAAAAUGGAAUCCAAAAUAGAAUCCAAAAUGGAAUCCAAAAUAGAACCCAAAAUGGAAUCCAAUAUAGAACAUUGUACGGAAAUGAUUUGCACAAAGAACCAUGAUCGAAGUGUAAAAGCUAACUCGGCAAAGCCAUGUGAAGUGGACGCAUGUUCCAAGCAUUUAAGUUUUUUUUUAAAACCUCCCAACGUUGUAUUCUUCAAAGUGUAUAGCACUGCGCUUCGUAUGUAUCUGCACGGUAAGCAGAGAAAGAAAUUCCAAGACAAUGUGGAAGUUGUAUGGGGUGAAGUUCCUAAGGGAGAAAGUGAAAAUGAUUGUGCAUGUGAUAAUGGAAAAUUGGAGGAGGUAAAAGGAAUUGAAAAGAUUCAUAGUAGAAGCAAAACAGAGGCUCCAAAAUUUACAAACUUCUUCUUCGACAAUGAAACAAUAAUAUUCACUUUUCUGAAUGAAAAAGAGUAUCGAUUUCCCUUACCACAAUGUCUUAUUCAUUAUAAAAACAAAAUGUAUCUAAGUAACCUGCACAAGAAGCAAAGGGAAGAAAAAGAGAAGAUUUUAAAACUUAGGAAGGAGCUAAAAGAUCUCAUAAAUCAAAACAACAAUAGCUGUAGCAGGAUAAAAUUACAAAGAAAAAACUUUUUUUUUGACAAAAGAAUUAUUAACGAAUCAGAAAUUUUAAUCAAUGAAUAUGAAAAAAUAAAAAAAAAAUUUGAAAAAGAGAAAUUAGAAAAAGAACGGAUAAUAAAAAUGUUAGAGAAAAAAUGUUCUCAUUUAAAAGACGUAGAUUUUUUGUAUGGGUUUAAUAAAAAUUUGUAUGUGUCAAAUACUUAUAAGAAUAAAAAUUCUUAUCAGUAUUGCGUGUUCAGAAAUAAACUAAAAUUUUUGAGAUUUUUACAAAUUAAAGAAUCUUAUUUUGCACAAAAUGUGGACAAAAAUAAUAGUCUCUAUUUUUUAAAAACAACCAAAGAUUAUAUAGAUAGAUAUACAGAUGACUUCUCUUCUCUCUUUUUCUCUCAUUACUAUCCGUGCACAAAUAUGAACUUAAAUUAUCUUUAUUCUAAUUUGUUUAGUUCCCUUUUCCCCUCUAAUGGGGUCGAUAAUAUCCAAUGGAAUUAUCUUCUGUACUACCCAUGCGAGCUUUUCACAAAUUCAAGAAAGAGGAUUCAAUCUUACUUCCUUCAGAUGCUGAUAGACCAGCAAAAGGCAAAAUUUCAAAGCAGCUUCCUUGCCCUGAAAGAAGAAAAAAAAAAUUACACAGAAGAAAUAAAUUUCAUAUCCAACAAGCUGAAGUUAUCAUUGGAAGUUGCAGAGAAAUAUUUCACAAAGACGUACUCUCAUAUGAUCGAUUCGAAUUUAUUCAACAGGGGAAUUUUAAAAGGAGUAAAGAGCGAUGAUGUACAACCUAUAUCAAAUAAAUUUGAUUCGGAUAUGCUUCUGAAAAUGCAUUUACAUAAGUUGAAUGUAGAGAAUCAGAUGGAAUAUGAUUUUAAUUUACAUGAAAAAGGGAAUCCAAAUGUAAAGAUGCAAAAAUCAAAGAAUCAUUUCAGAUUGGAGACAGGGUUAAAAGGGUAUGUAGAACCAAAUGAAUCUAACGGCACCGAAUCUGAGAAAGACAAAGAAAACUCCCAGGGCAUAACCAUUUGUGAUAAUGAUGAGAACUCAGAAAAUUUGGAACUCUAUGAAAAGAAGAAAAGUGAUCUUAAGAAUACAUUAUCAGAUGUGAAGAGUUACAUCUAUCAAAUUACGGAUCACUGUGAUGAGUUCAAUGAGAAGCUGAAGAUGUUGAAAAAGAAGAAAUACAAUAUACAGAAGUUGAUAGCUGUACACGAACUAUACUUUAUUGGCAUUUAUGCCACAUUAAUAAAUGAAGAGUGGAAAUUAAAAGUUUUGAAGAAAAUAGAAAAGAAGAGGAAUCAAGUUGAGGAGCAAUUGAAUAAACUUGAAAAUUCUAUAAAAAAUUUAAGCAUGUUACAGGUUGACAAUGAAUCACUAGGAGAAGAAAAAGUGUGUCUAUUGGAGAAACACAAAAAAGCCUUGAUUCUAAGUGAACGUUUGGCAGAGAAGAAGCAAAAGUUUGAGAAGCAGUUCCUACACGAAUGUAUGAAUUUUGACGUCUUGAUUGAGCAAAAAUAUGAAAACGUCAUUGGAUUCGACUUCGAUUCUAGGAAAAACAUUUUCUUAAAAAAGAAAAUAAUACAGAAGCAUAUAGUUGAAAUAAAUCAAAUAAUUUUAGAAAAUUUAGAGCUUCGAAGGAAUAUUAAGAAAUUAAAGAACGAAAUUUACAAAAACAGAAUAAAAAAAGACUACUUCAACUUUUUACUCAUGGAUAUAGAAGAAGGGGUUGACGACGUUAAGUACCUGAAGCAGAACUGCGAGUAUCUUUUUUGUGAUAUAGAUAACGUGAUUAACUCACUGGAGACGAAAAAAAAAAACAGGAAACUUAUUUUCAGAAUGUCUAAACAGAAGAUACGUAACCAAAUUAAUAGCGUGGAAUCGAAGAUAUCUGCAAUUAAAUCUGAGAAUAUCGUGCUGGAGGCAAAUAUGCAAAGCCUAAUUAAAGAAAUUAAAGAAAUAAACAAAUCGAUGCAACUCGACAAUGUGGAUGGAAUUUCAUGCCACUUGAGUUAUGGAAAAGAAACGGGUGAUGUAUGUCACAUGGAUGAAUCACAUCAAGCAGAAGAACACAUAUCUUAUAUAAACGAAGGGAAGGGAUAUUUAGGAGAUGAUAAUAUUGCAGGAAUGGACAAAUCCUUAAAACCGUUACCCAUAGGUACUGAGGUGGGAAAAAAUGCAAAGGGGGGAGAAGAGGAAGACGAAGCAGAAAAUGAAGCAGAAAUGGACGAGGAAAAUAAAGCAGAAAUGGACGAGGAAAAUGAAGAAAAAAUGGGUGAGAAAGUCGAAGGAGAAGAAGGGGACGUACCCAUGAACUCUCUAGACGCAGAGCGGGAGAGAAAUAAAGAAAACCUACACAGCAAUAUGGAGAAUAAAAAUGACAAUACUACUGAGGAACCUAUUUCAAACCAAGGGGGCGAACAAAAGCAUAAUCAUGCUGAUGACCAAGUCUCUGUUUGUAGAGAAAAAAAAAAAAAAAAAUUGUGCACCAAAGAUAUUUACAAAAUAAGUGCCAUGUUGCGGAAGAAAUAUAAGUAA